AUGGCUCUCAAAUAUCUAUUCAACAGGACUAUGUCCAUGCCCGAUAUGGUCAAUGAUAAUCCCGCCUUUGUUGAUAAUUCCGACGAUACAAAACAGAGACCGUUAUCUGCUGUAGCAGAGGCCUUCGAAGAUCUAUCCAAAAUGCUCAAUUCUACAGAAACUAGCCCCGACGUCGAACUCAAAUUGAAACCGUUUUGCGAUGCAUGUUCUUUAGUCUCCGUCUUAUUCGGAUGCCUAGGCAUGGCUUUCAGAUUUGCCGAACUUGAAUACGUUUCUAAGGUACAUAAUCUUGUUGAAGCUGGAAAAAGAUAUGAGACAUUGAGUAGUAUGCUUGAUAUUGAUGUGAGAAACGAUACAGUAAGAACAGCGGGAAGUAAUUCACGCAAUUUACGUAGGGUUAGACAGGGGCUUGAUUUGAUAAGAGCAAUCUUCCAGAAUUUCUUAUCACCAGAAUUUUGUUCUUUGAAAGAUGCAGCAUCAACAGCUUAUGCUGAUGUUUGUGCACCUUAUCAUACAUGGGCUGUAAGAACUGCAGCUUAUGCUGGAAUGUGUGUUCUUCCAACUAGAGAACAACUUCUACUUAAAUUGAAUGCAACAGAUGAAUUAGCUGAAAAGGAAAUGAACAGGUAUAUCAAGGCAUCGCAACCUGUUAUAGAAUUCAUAGACAAGUUGUAUAUGUCGAGGGAUAUCAGCUUGGAUUGGUGAUCACGAU